CUCCUCGAGCCCCCUGUGCCACCGUGCCGACAUCAAAGACUUCAUUUAAGAUUUCAGCAUGGACCCCUUCGAGUGUAAACUGGCCGAACAGGUACGCAGGUACAAACACCUGUACGACCCCUCACAGCGAGCCCACAGGGACGGCCGGGUAGCGUUAAAGUCGUGGAGAAAGAUAGCCAGCACACUGCAGAGAGAGGAGGCGUUUUGUCGUAAGGCGUGGAAGAACACGAGGGACCGCUUCGUCAAGGCGAAGAAGAGGACUCGUGGGAAGGGUGGUGUAAACAAAGGGGUCCCGUCCAUCCUGGUGGAGCUGGAGUGGCUGUCCCGGUUCGUUAAACAUCGAGUGGUGGACAGUGACUUCAACUUGGAGGAUGAUGGUGCAGAACUCAACAAUGAAGUCCAGAAGACACCAGGAAACUCCGACACACAAGACUCCACAGAAGAUUAUCCACCCGUAUCUCCAUCAUCAUACUCAGCAUCACCCUCAGCCUUAGCAGAGAUGACAUCCUGUGGCAGUCCUUCACCCUCUGUGAGGGACUCGCCGUCUCCCCUGACUCUCCUCACCGCUGCUGCGACCCAGUCCAUCAAUUCAUGCCUGCUCUCCCCUGUGCCGCACCAUGUUCCCAGCCCUAAAGCCCCAGCAUCUCCUCGCACCACAGAUUGUGUCCUCUGUGCAGAGCACCAGGACCAAGAGAGACAGAAAAUUACUCAGCAGGACAAUGCAGACUCUCGGUUUGUCGAAGUAAUCAAGGACAUGCUGGCUAAUGUUAACCCAGUGCAUAAACCAGAUGUUAAGUUUAAAAUAUACCAGUUGCUGUUCGAGGCAGAAAAGGACUUCCCAAGAGAAUCUUGAAUAAUAUAAAACUUGCGUGCCAACAAUAAAUAAAAUG